UUUUUAUAUAGCAACAAAAAAAAAUUUUUUUUAUAUAUAAAUACAAAUAUAUUUUUUUUCUUCAUUAACAGAAAUUAACAAUUUAAUACAUUAAAGAUGGGUAACGGUCAAAAAGCACAAAUGAAGCGUGAGCGUAACGCUAAGAACUCAAAGAAAGAACCUACUUCACAAUUAAAGGCUAAUCAAGCUGCAAAGAAUAUUAUUUGUAAAACAUGUUUUCAAACUUUCCUCUGUACUUCUCGUGAAAAAGCUUUAACUGAACAUGCUGAAAAUAAACACAACAAGACAAUGAAGGAAUGUUUCCCUGACUUUGUUGCUGCUUAAUUAUGAUAUUGCAUUGAUAGAAUUCCUCUUAGUAAAGAGAAAAAAGAAAUUACAUUUAUACAUCAUAUCCUAUUAAUUAUUUCAACUCCCUUUGGAAAAAGAAAAAAAAAAAUUUAUUACUUAAUUUUAAAAUAAAAUAAAAAC